AUGCAAAUAAAACAACACUUUAUUAUUCGUGCAUCAUUGAGAUUCAUUAUCCCUAUAAAUGAUGAUGAUGAUGAUGAUGAUGAUGAUGAUGAUGAUGAUGAUGAUGAUGAUGAUGAUGAUGAUGAUGAUGAUGAUGAUGAUGAUGAUGAUGAUGAUGAUGAUGAUGAUGAUGAUGAUGAUGAUGAUGAUGAUGAUGAUGAUGAUGAUGAUGAUGAUGAUGAUGAUGAUGAUGAUGAUGAUGAUGAUGAUGAUGAUGAUGAUGAUGAUGAUGAUGAUGAUGAUGAUGAUGAUGAUGAUGAUGAUAGAAUUUCACCAAUAUUUCAACAGUUAUAUAUCUUGAAUGCUACUCUUUAUUGA